AUGAAAUAUAUUUCGACUAUUCUAACCUUGUAUUUAGCAUUACUAUGGCGCACUGAUUUUGAUCUUCUCUUUGAUUGGUCUGCUUCACCAUCAUCGUCAUCAUCAUCGGUCAUAAGUUCUUCGAUUAAACGGCCUCAUUUUUCGAAUACAACUUCGUUAUCUCAAACAUUCUCUCUCGAUGCUUACACCCGUUUGACUCUGUUCAAUUUUCUAUUCGCUUCGACUGUUUGCAUCUUCCGCGAACCUUAUGUCUUUUGGUCGAUCUCGAAGAUAUUUUCAUUGAUCUAUUCUCUUGCUGUAGCAUUGAACGUUAUACAAUGGUGUUUAAUGUACAGCGCGUUUCAAUUAUUACUGAAAAAUAUCUGUUUCAACACGAUGGAAUCAAAACAGAACAUCGGCUAUUUGCUUCUCCAUCAACCAUACACAACAUUUUUUCUGUAUCUGUUACUUGAAUUUCUCAUUUUUAUAUCUUCUAUCACAUUUUAUUACUACGGAUACAAUCGCUUCAAAUCCUCGGAAAAUUUCAACUGUAAAUCAUCGUGUUACGAUCGUUGCUCACAUUACUGUCCUAGUUUGAUUGCUAUUAUCAUUUUACUAUUGUAUACCUCAUGCAAAAUGCCACUUGUUCACGAUAUAUUUUUACUUUACCUUCAAACACAUUUGCAGACGUUAUUUUUAACCUUUGUUUUCGAAAUCGUUCAUGUUUUACUGAUUCUCGCACUGUGGAUUUACUUAACGACAAAAGCCGAUUGGCAUGUUAAAAACUCACACAGACAAGAACAUUUCGCAUCGAUGAUGAACCACGGUUUAACAGUGAAGAAUACUCCGAUACAACCAACGGCAGUGUCUUUGCCAGAUUUGAAUGGUCAUUGUCCAAAUACAGAUAAACCUUCUCGAAGAUUAUCGGAUAAUCUUUAUCAAAAACCUUAUGAAAAGAUUCGAAUCUUUCAAUCGGAAAUCUACUAUCGAAACCCGCGAAAGAACUGGAGUUUACCGUUGAAUCAACAAUCGACAAUGAUGGCAACAUUUGAUCAUGAUGACGAUGACGAUAAUGGCGAUAUCGAUGGCAAAGACAUCGUUGUACGUUCGACAUCUUAUCCAACUAAUGAAGUUCAAUAUCGUGAUACAGUUCGAAAGACUGUUUCGAAUAUUUACAAGUUUCCGAUGGAAUACAAAGAGGAACUGCCGGCAAAAGAAUUAGCAUUGUCAAGUAAACAUGACAAUCUACCUCCUGUACCACCUGUUAAACGUUUUUCACAAGAACAAGUAGAAGCAGCAAGAUUGCGAGCGCAACAGAUGAUUCUCCAGCGACAAAAAUCCUCCGACUUCCUACAAGAUCACCGUUCAACAACUUUACUUGUUAGUCAAGUUUGA